AAGUAAAAAAUCGGAAAAAAUAUUCUUGGCUUUAACAAGUCAACCCGAGGCUUGACUCUCAGAGGGCGCCGAUGCACAAGGCUCGGUAUAUAAGGUAGUAUCUGUGGCCUUCCGCUCUUCAGUGUACUUCAGCCUCAGGAUACGUCGUUACCUUUGUCGACGGCCUAAACCUCCACCAGAAUGUGUGACGACGACGCAACCGCCCUUGUUGUUGACAAUGGCUCCGGCAUGGUCAAGGCCGGUUUCGCCGGAGAUGACGCCCCUCGCGCCGUCUUCCCUUCCAUCGUCGGUCGCCCUCGUCACCAGGGUGUGAUGGUCGGUAUGGGUCAGAAGGACGCCUAUGUAGGAGACGAGGCCCAGAGCAAGCGAGGUAUCCUGACUCUCAAGUACCCCAUCGAGCACGGCAUCAUCACCAACUGGGACGACAUGGAGAAGAUCUGGCAUCACUCCUUCUACAACGAACUCCGCGUUGCCCCUGAGGAAUCCCCAGUCCUCCUCACUGAGGCUCCCCUCAACCCCAAGGCCAACCGCGAAAAGAUGACCCAGAUCAUGAUUGAGACCUUCAACACCCCUGCUAUGUACGUAGCCAUCCAGGCUGUCCUGUCCCUCUACGCCUCUGGCCGUACCACUGGCAUCGUGCUCGAUACUGGUGAUGGUGUGACCCACACUGUCCCCAUCUACGAAGGUUAUGCUCUUCCCCACGCUAUCCUCCGUCUGGACUUGGCUGGCCGUGACUUGACUGCUUACCUCAUGAAGAUCAUGACUGAGAGAGGCUACUCGUUCACCACCACCGCUGAACGAGAAAUCGUUCGUGACAUCAAGGAGAAGCUUUGCUACGUCGCCCUCGACUUCGAGAAUGAAAUGAGCAUGGCUGCCGCUUCCUCCUCCGUUGAGAAGUCCUAUGAACUUCCUGACGGUCAGGUCAUCACCAUCGGUAACGAACGAUUCCGUUGUCCCGAGUCUCUCUUCCAGCCUUCCUUCCUGGGUAUGGAAUCCGUUGGUAUCCACGAGACCGUCUACAACUCCAUCAUGAGGUGCGACAUUGAUAUCAGGAAGGAUCUGUUCGCCAACAAUGUGCUCUCUGGUGGUACCACCAUGUACCCUGGUAUUGCUGACAGGAUGCAGAAGGAAAUCACUGCCUUGGCUCCUUCCACCAUCAAGAUCAAGAUCAUCGCUCCCCCUGAGAGGAAGUACUCCGUCUGGAUCGGCGGUUCCAUCUUGGCUUCACUGUCCACCUUCCAGUCCAUGUGGAUCACCAAGGAAGAGUACGACGAGUCCGGCCCUGGCAUCGUCCACAGGAAGUGCUUCUAAGCAUUUGACAUUUUUGAUAUUUUAUGUUAUGUUAAGGCAAUUAUUGGACCCUUUCAUUCAUACCUGAGUCAUUUGAUCUCAUCAAUCAUUACUCACUACAAACGAUAAUAAAAUAUUUAUUUUA